ACAACACGUUCCAAAGAAGUUGGGACGGGGCCUGUUUACCACUGUGUUUGCUUCUGUGUAAUUUUCUGUUAAUUCUUUUUUCUUGAUGCAAAAAAAAAAGAAUAACUUGUGCUUACUGGCUCUUUUGACUGGAAAUGAAAUAUGCAAAAGGGUGGGCAUCGUACUGUACAUUAAUUUAUUAUCAUUAUGUUUAUCUACAGACAGCAAAUAAAGGCUAUACAAAUUAAUAGCAUGCAUGUACAUAAUUAAUUAGAUAAGUUUGAUCUACAAAAUGUCGUGUCAAUCUGAUAGACAGGGCAGCGCAGGUUCUUACGGCCAAUAAUUAUAAGGCUAACAGAACACAAAAGCACACACAAGGGAAGGUAGCCUGGAGAGAUCGACAACACACAGAGGCAAAGGGCAAAGGACUCAGUAUGAUCAAUAUUUUAAGGUUUAACACAACAGUGGUGCAAUGACAAAACAAAACUUCAGGUAAAGCUGACAAGUGACUGCUGACUCAGUUUCACUCAAUUAUAAUCGUUUGUUAAUUAACAUCAACAAAAGACAAGCGAUCAAAACUAGGAACUUCCAGGGAUUUUUUUUUGGAGUGUAUAUUUGUUAAAAGAUCUUAAUUUUUAAUUUGAUUCCUAUAUUUGUAUUGGAACUGUAGGGCAAAGAAGACAGCCUCCUUCUUAUUUGAACUUAAUUUGGCAAUUUUUUUCCAACCAUUUAGUUUUUUUUUAAUUUCUGAGACAAUUAGAAGUUCCCCAAAAAACAUUAAGCACUCAGUUUGUUGGUAAAUAAAGCUGCUAACAGUGAUAUAUUGCAUUUCUGAAAAACAGCCCAGAGGAAGCAUCUACUAAAGAAUUAAAGAGGGCCUGAAACUGAGCCUUGGGGUACCCCACUAGUGAUCGGCAAGGGUAAGGAUGAACAAAUUGCCUUAUUUGUCAGAGACGCUCUCUCCCAAAGGUAAGAGGUCAAAUGAUUGUAAACCAGUCUGAUGUAAAAGUAAUAAACCCAUGUUCAUAUUCAAUUCUGCUUUGGUUUAUUGAUCAUACUUUGGGUUUAAAAAAUAUUUGGUCAAGCUGUUUCUGGCAAAGUAUCCAAUGAGUUAUCACUGCACCCACAGUUCUUCCAUGGAGUCCAAAGUCUUUCGGCCUAUUCAAACAGUUUCCCUCUGUAAGCAGAGAGAAAGCAGCUUAGCUUCAGUCGACUUCGGGAAAUCGUCUUUAAUUCUUCAGUCAUGUUGUUAUGGCAGGUGCUUUUCUUGCUCUUCCUGUGGAGCACAGAGGCUCAGGACAUCCUCAAACCAAGCGUGGACAUUAUUGGAGAACUGAGCAGGCUCAGAUCUUUGGAGGAAAAGGUGAAAGCCAUGGAGGCUGAAAUGGCAGAGCUCAAAAGACUGAUUACAGAACAGCCCAAAGUGGCAUUCUCAGCUUCACUCUCAGCUCUUGAAUUUGGUUCUAAGAACAUUGGGCCGUAUCCAGAGCAGGUUACUCUGGUGUACCAAAACGCUUUCACAAACAUCGGCAGUGCAUACGACCCAAAUACAGGUAUCUUCACUGCACCAGUCAGAGGAGUUUAUUACUUCAGCUUUGUGGUCUUUAACCCGUAUGACCACUCAACCGGUCUGAGUCUGAUGAAGAAUGGGCAGCAUGUGGUCUCUGUGUCGGACAAUCCGCCUGGAGUGGACACCGAAGACACAGCCAGUAACGCAGCAUCUCUGCUGCUGGAGAAAGGAGACCAGGUGUGCGUCCAGCUUAUGCAGAACCGGAAGGUCUACAGUGACAAAUUUAAACGAAACACCUUCAGCGGUCACCUCCUAUAUGGAAUGUGAGCUUCAUUUAGAGGCCCAUCAGGUUAAUGCAUGAUGUACUUUUUAUCCAGCUCAGCCAUUUUUCUAUUAGAUAAUUUAAUAAAUAUACGACAUAUGGUACAUUAUUCUACAAUGCCUCAUUUAGUUACAUUUUCAGGGCAUUACAUUUAAUUUUAGGCAUUUAAGCCUCACAAAAUCUAAUUGUCAUCUGGCGGUUUGACUAUCUCUCCAAGUGUGCCGAUUAAAUAAACUAUUAAUCGUUCUAAUCAUCCAGUUUCUACUCACCUAAUCAUAAAUCAUUCUAAUCAACAUAAUUAUAACAUGCAACACAGGGCAGCUUUAAAGGUAUUCAACUCAUUGCAAAGUGUCCAUUUCUUCAAAUGUCAUGUCGCACUGGAACUGACAUCAAAGGACUUUUAUUCUGACAUGCUUUUCAAAAAAAGAGUUGGCAGGGUGCUACAUCAUAAAGAAGACUCCGAUACAUCAAAAAGAUCUACAGAAAUGCAGUGCAGACCCGAACCUGCCAAUUCAGAAUGUAAAGAAAUGUAAUUUUUUACAGAAUUGUGUCAAAAUUUAUGAAAUUGCAUCAUUUUAAAACCAUAAUGAGUCCAGACUGCUAAUCUGGAAUGAGAAAUAAAAAGAAAAAUGAGAACAGAAA